UUUUCUUUUUCGUGAAAAUUAUUAUUGAAUAAUGAGAAAAUAUUUUUCUUCUGAUAAAUCUUUAAAAAAGUCUUUAUGCAAGCUAAAGUUAUGUCUGUUUAAAGUUAUAUAAUAUUUUAAUAUUUUUAACAUCUUGAAAAUAAAAACAUUCUCAAAACAAGAGUAAUGUUUCUUAUUUUUUAUUUAACAUACGUGUUUUUUUUAAGUAUUUGUAAUAUAUUGUUACUUGUUUAAAAUUUUAAAUAUUUGAAUUAUUUACAAGGCAUAUUAGACAAAACGUUUUGGACACCAAUCAACUUAUUUAUUUUCUUUAUAAUUUCAUCACGCGUAAGCCAGUCGAAAUGGGUGAUUAAUCAACCAUAUCCUCCCCUCGCGAAGUAACAGCCGCCAAAAAUGAACCUGAAAACUGAAUACAGCAUUAUGUGGUCGAGUUGACGUUCUAGUUUUCGCCUGUGUCCGCGUAACCGACGUUCUGCGACAGUCUAUUUUCGGACCGCAGGUGGUUCCCUGAACGAGUGGAAUCACAUGUUGGGCUCGUUCUGUGUCCCGCAAGUGUCGAGAGGAGUAACCCUUCGAUCGUCAAUCACCCGGCGAUUCCAGUAAACUUCCUGAGGGCGCGGGUUUGGAAUCUGUUCUAUCCAAAGCGAACAUCAAUUAUACGUUCAUUAUAAUGUGUAAUUAGAUUUUUUCCUUUUCUCGUGAUCAGAGACGUAACCCGUCGUGAUCGCAAAAAUUAAUUAAACGCAUAUGAUUUCCUUUAACCCCUCCUUUUAUUUUAUUUUUAAAAUUUGUCUCUAUUUUUAGAUACUUAUGAAUAAAAAUAGAAGUACUUACACUGCAAAACAUAUCCUCUUUAUAUAUAAAGGACAUGUAUAUUUUGUAACGGAAUAUACCAUAUUAGAACGGAUUUUUUACGUGUCCAUUUUAUUUAAGCGUGACUGGCGCAAUUCUUAAUGUGACAUGUUAUUUAUAUAGAUCAAUAUCCUUUAUAUAAAUAGGACUGGAAAUAAUCAUUAUAAAACAGACGUUAAACCGGACAUUAUAAAGGAUGUGGUCCGCCAUAUAUAUUAAAGCGGACGAAAUAAACAAAACGCAACGCAAUAUGGCGCGAGCGGUAGCGAUAGCCGUAUCGUUCACUCACAACAGUGUUAACUUGUUACUCUAACGGCCGUCCUCUUCCCAAUUAUAAUAAAUAUUUUUAUUACUAAUUGUUGGUGUUAAUUAUGGGUGUCGAUCGACGCGGUAACCAUCGCGGUAAAUGUACGGCGUGUGAUUGCGACGAAUUUGAGUUGCCUCAGGCGGAUGAUAACACAAAUGUGUGCUCUUUUUGCGGGCAUUAUUCGCCUUUACAUGAGCGUGUGGAAAUAAUUAAAGAAGCUCAUACGCACGAAAUUACAAUGCCUACAAUAGUGGCAAUAGAAAAUUUGACUGACUCAGUACGCAAUGAAGUGAUCGAAGUAAUGGAAGUAAUCAAUCCCAAUGAAGAUCCAGACUCUCAACAAACUCUGCAAUCUGCCAACAAUGUAGAGCAACAGGAUAAUGAUAUAAUUGUAGCUGAGGAAAAUAAUUGGCUUGAUAAUAAUAAAACCCAGUUAUUACCUAGCUUUAGUUCAUAUGUAAUGCCUUUUUUGGAAGGGCAAGCUAUGAGUCCCAAAAAAAAAAAAAAAUUAUGCUCUCAGUUAAAAGACGAAAUAAUAGACCAUUUGGACAGGCACAACUUGAUUCCUCACAACAUAAAUCAUAUGAAAAAACGUUGGCAAUAUCGUGAUCUAGGAGAAGCUCUUGUAACAAACUUUCCUUCAAUCCAUAUAGAACAGUCACCCAAAUUUAAAACUAAAUGUGGACAUUUCGUACAUCAAAUUGCUGAUAUUAGACGUCACAGAAACAACCGUCGAGAAUGUAUGCAGCAGAUGCAUAAUCCUUUGCAGUUGCAAAAAAAAACAAACAAAAAGGGUAAACUUAUACAAGUAAUAACUCCAGAAGAGGCUUACAAGAAACUUCAGGAUUCAGCAGAAGAUGAAUUGUCGACAACCACAAUUGUUGAAUUACUUCAGCAAUCAUUUCAAGUUCGACCUCACGUUGGAAAUGUGUGGCCUUACUAUCUUUCACGAAAAGAAUGUUUUGUCCAAGAAGCUGAAUUAAGGAUGAAAACAUCUAUUGAAAGUGUUAUUAAUACUAUAAACACAAUGUAUAAAAAGACAGCGGAGAAAGGAAUUAACAACAUUCUGCAGCUACAAAAAUUUGUAACUUUACGAGGGACAAAAGACUUUUUUCUUGAACAGAAAGUUCCAACGUUUGAUGAUCUACUGUUACCUUCUCCUGGACCAAAAGUUUUUUACAAUGAUGCUACUGCCUGGCUUGUGAUCAGUGAGAUUGAUCAACUAAAAAUUGAUGUUACAUCUGCGGAAGAAGCAGCCGCUUUAGGAUUUGCCAUUUACUUUAUGAAGGAUCUGACUUAUCCAUCAUCUUUUAGCCAAUUGCUUGGUUUAAUUGAUGCUUUGUGCCUCGGUAACAACAACGAAUUUUUAUGCAAGCGAGCUAAAGAAAUUUUGUCUCAUUGUACUUUGUAAAAAUGUUAAGAAUUUCUUUUAUUAUUAUUUACAUUUUUAUCUUUGUUUGGGAUUUUGUACUUGUUCCUUCUUUUUUCUCUUAUAUAUAUUAUAUAUCAAACAAACUAAUAUAAUACAUUUAUUAUGGAUAAAGGUUUUAUUUUUUUGUAUACAAACUAUAUAGUUUGUUCAUUCAUAUUUUCUGGUCACAUAUAUAUAUAAUGUUUUAUAUAUAUAUAUAUAUAUAUAAGUAUAUAUAUAUAUGUAUAUAUGUAUAUAUUUUAUAAGUAUAUAUGUAAUAAUGUAUAAUGUAUAUUUGAAUGUAAUAAAAUAUUGUCUUCCAGAUGAUAUGUUCUUUUCUGUAUCCGGAAAAGAAUAUAAAAUUGACUAAAUUUCCGUUCUAUUUAUAAAGGACAUUAGUCCGUUCUAUUUAUAAAGGACACUAGUCCGUUUUAUUUAUAAAGGACAUUAUUAUAGACAAUGUCCUACGUAUAUAAUUCCGUUUUAAUUUCACGCUUAUUUAAAGUGGAAAAAAAGUCACUUUUUUCCGUUAUAGUUUCGCGGAAUUUAGAGUGGAUAUGUUUUGCAGUGUAUGUCAAAAGUCACCUUGUAACACUUACAGUUCUCUAUCAUUUCUGAACACAUGCAAUGUCUCUUUAAAAUCUUAUAUUUGACUCAAUUUAUUGGUUUGUAAAUAUUUCCUAAGAAAAAUAUAAAGUAGACAGUUCACGUAAAGGACAAUGCAGCAAUUUGAUUAUACGUAUAGGAAUAAGAUAAAACGGAGAUACAUCAUUGUUUUAUCCACGUAACUUAAUUAUCCGUGUAACAUGGCAGGUAUGGAUGACAGCUUGUAUCACGAAACUCUCUCCAUGUAAUCCGACUCCGUUCUCUCCUUAGACUAAAUAUCUCAUCCUUCCGAGUUAUGAUGGCGUUUGUAGGCGGAAGUCCGGUGGCCGAGGGAUCGAGUGGUCAAUGUUAAAGGGGCCUAGUCUCAAGAACAACAUAUUGGGAAAUACCGCACGACCGUAGGGCUGGAAAGAGCGUCUUUCCCACACUGCCGCUUGUGAAAGUUCGUUACGAUUUCCCCGCACGUGCAUCGGCUCGUCAAGGAAAUGCCGCUUGUGAUUUCGUAUCGGCAGCGAUGUUCGAUCGACGGUAAUGGUACCUGGAAAACAAUGUUAGCGUUAUCGUGUCGCACUGCGCUCGAGCUCUCAUCUGCGUUGUAUCGCAUACCGUACACAGCCGACAUAUCUAAAUUGUGCGAUUGACCAUUAAAAGUGUAUCGCGUGAGAGACGCGUGAGAACACCACGCAUCUCGGAAUGAUUCACGCAUUUGCGUGAGAAUCGGCGAUCGGGGAUGAAUGGCGAUCGAGUGGUAAUCAAUAGAAACUAUAGCCUCGCACGCAUAUAACUUUAAUGAAUAAAAUUAUGUCAUAAUUGCACGCAACGUAUCAUCUAUAAAACCUAAAGAAUCUGAUUUUAAACAGAUAUAAUUGGUUUAUACGAAGAAAUUUUGUAAAAUUUCAAGAAGAAUAUAGAUAUUUAUCUUUAUUUAAUAAUAAUUUUCAUAAGUUGAAAGAGAAAAAAUCGGACAGAAAAUGACAAUAUUUUCUAAUGAAUAUUAUUAUCAAUAUAAACAUAUUAUGCUCUUUUUAUACGGCUAUUAUGAUUGAAAUAAAAAUAAAAAAGUAAAUAU